CGGUGACAUUUACUUAGCUCGAUGCAGGGCCUGCUGUAAAUCAAUCAAACUUCAGACCAUGGGCGAGGCUGCUCUCACCAGCCACGCAGGGAGUGCUAGCCACAAAACAGCGGUCCGCAUGCUGCUGGAAGGCAAAAUAAUUGACACUGGGCAGAUAAAAGAUGAAGUAAAUCAGGCAGACAACAGCAAGGAGCAAAUCGCCAUCUGCUUCCAGCGUGAAGCUUUGGAAAGAAUAACGGGCAGCAACUGGGCCGAUCUGCACCAGAGCGCCACUACAAACUCCAUCUCCCACAAUGCAGUGCUGAAGGAUGCAACAUUCCCUACGCCCUACUUCACAGCACCAGGCACCUCCAGGUUGAUUAACCAGCACCUCCACCUAUCAGACUCUGAGAAAGAAGAUGCUCUGCAUGACACCUUGGACCUUUCGAGACUGGAGCAGCAGCAGAGAGCAGAUACUCAGGCGGAGCAGCAUCAGAUGAAGAUUCUGGAGUGGGAGAACCGGAUGAAGGUGCUAGCCUGGGAGCAGGAGCUGAUGGGGGAAAAAAUGAAAGCGUCCCGGCAGAAACGGAAAGCCUUCAGGAUGAAGAAGAUUUACUACAGAGCCAAGUUAAAAAAGCUGGGUGAAGACGUGUCCCCGUCCUCCUCCAGCAGCGGGGAGGAAGAAGAAAAUGCUGAACUGGUCCAACACUUUUAAUUCUCGUCUUGUGUUUGUAUUAUU